AUGAAUGCACACCAAUUGCGACGAGUAACCCUAGUCAGGUGGCCUGUUCCACCUCUUCCCUGCAGACGCGCAUCGAGCAAAGCACCUCGCGAUCAAUUUCCAAUCUCAAGGAAGAACCAGCCUCUUGGCAAGACCAAGAAUGCAUCCUUGGGUUCCAAAAGGACCGUGAAGGCCCCAAAGCGUGAGGUUCCUCCCAAGACACAAACCCAGUCUUCAGGUGAACCCUCCAGUUCCGAAUCCAAGGAGAAAAAGAGCAAACAUGGAAUCCCUCCAACAGCCCUCGCCUUCAUGGGUGUUACUGCCUUGGCAAUCAGUACAUACUGCAGCUUUCUAUACGCCUCAUACAAACGCGAAGUGAACAAAAGUCAAGCCUUGGUUGUAUCCAACGACGUCUCAGACAGAUACAACAAAACAGCCAGCACAUUCGACGCAGACGUCGAGAUCUCGGAGAAGUUCAUGCAGCUAGGCAGCAAGCGCAAAGACCUAAUCCGACACGCUCGCGGUAACGUCCUAGAAGUAAGUUGUGGCACAGGUCGCAAUCUACCCUUCUACCUCCUCGGCGAGCGAAGAGGCGUCAACGAACUCCACCACCAUCUCGAAGUCAACGGUUGCCGCACGAUCACAUUUACAGAUCUUAGCGCGCAAAUGGUCGCAAUCACGAAGCAAAAGUUUGAGUCUAUGUAUCCGGACUACGAUCGUGUAUCUUUUCAAUCCGUCGACGCAGGCUCUGUCGCGCCUCCGCCUGCUGGACCGGGUGAUCCGCCACGCUACUUUGACACCAUUGUUCAGACGAUGGGUCUCUGCUCGAUGCCGGAUCCUGUUGCGACGUUGCGUCAUCUUGGGUCCAUUGUUGAGCCCGGCAAGGGCCAAAUUUUGCUUCUUGAGCAUGGUCGUUCGAAGUGGGAUUGGGUUAAUGGUAUUCUGGACAAUCUUGCGCCUGCUCAUGCGGAUCGGCAUGGGUGUUGGUGGAAUCGUGAUAUUGGGGCUAUUGUCAGGGAGAGUGGUUUGGUCAUCGUUGAGGAGACGCGUUGGCACUUUGGGACUACGUAUCGUUAUAUUUUGAGGCCCAAGGGAAAUUCUGAGUAA